AUUUUCAAGUGCUCAAUAAGAAAUAACUUUGAAGAGAAAUUCAAGUGUCUUCAACAUGCAAAAAGUAUUCUGGAUAUUCUUAGGCCUUUUGGCUCUAGGACUGGCGCAGCAGGAUUCAACUACGCCUGCUGCCACAACGGAAGCUCCUCAAGUGACUACUGAAAUUCCUGCUGCCACUGAUGUAACUACGGAUGUGACUACUGCUGCUCCUGUUGUAACUACUGAGGUGACUACUGCAGCCACUGAUGUGACUACAGCUGCUCCUGUUGUAACUACUGAAGUGACUACUGCUGCCACUGAUGUAACUUCUGAUGUGACUACAGCUGCUCCCACCACCGCUGCUCCUGUUGUCACUACUGAAGUGACUACAGCAGCUCCUACCACCGCAGCUCCUACUACUGCUGCUCCUACUACCGCUGCUCCUACUACUGUUGCGUCUACCACCGCUGUUCCUACUACCUCUGCCUCUACCACCGCUGCUCCAACUGGCAGCACCACUCCACUCUCCACCACCGUUGCUCCUGGUACCAACACCACUCCGCUCUCCACCACCGCUGCUCCAGGAGGCACCACGGUGACGCCUGAAACUUGCGUCUACGAAACACAAACAUGGGGUGUGCCCCAGCUGAAUGCGUUCAAGUUCUGUGUGGAUGGUGAGGUCAAGACCACCACAUGCAUUGCCAAUCAUUACUAUGUGAGCAAUACCAAAGUAUCGGGUUGUAUACCCGCUGCCGAUGUGGAUCCCCUGUGCAUUGAUACCACGAUUACGGCACCUGUUUGCACUGGCAACAAUGUGAGGCAGAUGCAACGCAGCAGUUCGCUAACUAGCUACUAUCUGUGCACUGCCGAAGGUGCUCAGCCCGAUUUGCUGCCCUGCCUGAACGGCAAGAUCUUUGCCAAUAAUAACGGUUACCUUGGCUGCUUUGAGUGGCCGCAAUGGCGCACAGCGAGUGGCUGCGUCACUUACACUCUGCCUACUACUGAGUAAUACAAUAAUUCACCCGACGACGCAUCAAUGCGACAGUUCAAAUAGAUAAGCCAACCAGAAAGUGUCAAGCAUUUUAAUUACGUUUUUAUUUACCUGACUUUAUCAUGAUGCAAUAUGAAAUAUAUAAAUUUCCCAAUUUCCCAAAAUUGAUUAUAAAAUAAUUAAGUCAAGCGCCGUUUGGCAAAUUGUUAAUAAUCAAUAGUUUGAUAAGAUAAACUCAACGAAAAAGGUUUUUCAAAAUACAUUUAUACCAUAUACAAUAUUACAAUAGUAAAGUGACUCGCAAGU